UUUUAUUUUGAUUUCGUCUAGCAAUUAAGUAAUGGCCGGACUCCUUCACCUGACCAAGCAUUGCAGCAUCCAUUUACCCGCUCACCUGGGACGCGCGAAAUGCUACUCGCUCGCCAAGGGAACACACGUGCAGGCCAGAGUGCUGUACUCUUCUUUGGCCAAGGUUGAUGAUCAGGGUAGCGGCGAUGUCAAGCGGAAGAAAAUAACCCCUUUUACGCCCACGCCGGGCAGUAAAUUACUGGGUGGCGUGUUUGGAAAGAAGGCCAAAGGUGGAGCCCCAGCAGCAGCGGCAGCAAAAACAACAAAGCUACAGCGGCAGCGACUUUACCGCCCACAACAACAGCAAUCACGACAAUGUCAUGUUCAUAUAGGGGGCGGCAGCGAUGGUGGCUCGGGAUUGGGCAAGCUGGACGCACCGGAGGUCACCUCCAAGGAUAUGCUGCGCGCCAUGAUGGCCUACAUCUGGCCCAAAGAGGAUCCACUAGUGCGGAAGCGAGUGGGCAUUUCCCUGGGUCUAUUGGCUGGCUCCAAACUGCUGACCGUCUGCGUGCCCUUCCUGUUCAAAGGAGCCGUGGACACGAUGACAACGCUGAACAUGGACACCGCCCCGGAUGCAGUGCUCUCCGCAGCCACAGCCAUGAUGCUGGGAUAUGGCAUUGCUAGAGCCAGUGCAGCGGGCUUCAACGAGCUGCGCAAUGCGGUGUUUGCCAAGGUGGCCCAUCAUUCGAUCAGAAAGAUCGCCAGCAAUGUGUUCCUUCAUUUGCACAAUUUGGACCUUGCUUUCCACCUGAACAAGCAGACUGGAGCUCUGUCGAAGACCAUUGAUCGAGGAUCGAGGGGCAUCAACUUUGUACUCUCCGCCAUGGUGUUCAACAUAGUGCCCACAAUCUUCGAGCUGGCUCUGGUGUCCAGCAUCCUGGGAGUGAAGUGUGGUCUGGCCUUCGCCGGUGUGAGCAUGGGUUGCGUGGGCAUAUAUGCCGCCUACACUCUCAGUGUGACCCAAUGGCGCACCCAAUUCCGCGUCUACAUGAACCAGGCGGAGAACGAGGCUGGGAACAAGGCCGUGGAUUCGCUGAUCAACUACGAGACGGUCAAGUAUUUCAACAACGAAAAGUACGAGGCUGGCUGCUACAACGAGGUGCUGAAAAAGUACGAGACGGCUAGCCUGAAGACGAGCUCCAGCUUGGCAUUGCUAAACUUCGGGCAGAACGCCAUUUUCAGCAGUGCCCUUAGUCUAAUCAUGGUGCUGGCCGCCAAGGAGAUUGCCCAGGGAAACAUGACAGUGGGUGACUUGGUGAUGGUGAAUGCCCUGCUCUUCCAACUCUCUAUACCCCUUGGAUUCUUGGGCAGUGUGUACCGCGAGGUGCGUCAGGCUCUGCUCGAUAUGCAGGCCAUGUUCACGCUGAUGAAUGUGGAUAGCAGUAUACAGACGGCAUCGACUGCCCAGCCCCUGUUCGUGGACACCAGCAACUCGUCCAUCGAGUUCCGCAACGUGAGCUUCGAGUAUGAGCCGGGCAAGCCCAUUUUCCGUGACCUCUCCUUCACCAUUCCCGCCGGCAAGAAUGUGGCCAUUGUGGGCGGCUCUGGCUCAGGGAAAUCCUCCAUGGUGCGCCUGCUCUUCCGUUUCUUUGAGCCCAAUUCGGGUAAAGUGUUGAUCGGCGGGCAGGAUAUCAGCGCCGUGGAUUUGGAUAGUCUUCGCAAGGUAAUUGCCGUCGUGCCGCAGGAUUCGGUACUGUUCCACAACACAAUAGAGCACAAUAUCCACUAUGGCAAUCUGAGCAAGUCGCAUGCGGAGGUGGAGAACGCAGCCCGGAUGGCGGAUUUGCAUGACUCUAUCAUGAGCUGGCCGGCACAGUACUCCACUCAGGUGGGCGAGCGAGGAUUGAAGCUGUCGGGAGGCGAGAAGCAACGCGUGGCCAUCGCCAGGGCCAUAUUAAAGAACACACCCAUCCUGAUCUUCGACGAGGCUACCAGCAGUCUGGACUCCAUCACAGAGCAUAACAUUCUGCAGGCUUUGACCCGCGCCACAUCCGGUCGCACCAGCAUUUGCAUUGCCCACCGCCUCUCCACGGUCAAGGAUGCGGAUGAGAUCCUGGUCCUGGAGAAUGGCCGCGUGGGCGAACGUGGCACCCAUCCGGAGCUGCUAAGGCAAAAUGGGUUAUAUGCCCGCCUGUGGGAAACGCAGACCCAGCAGUUUGACCCCAGUCGAGAAAUCAAGGAGGAAAAGUCACGGGGCGUGGCGUAGACGAGGCUCGUACCCUAUCUAUGUGUUUGUUCCAAUGUUAUAACACCCCUCCCCUUCGUUUCGCCCUCCCUAAGACCCACUAAAUUCACCGUAGAAUCUUCCCUUCUCCGGAGAUUCGCUAUUCAUAGGUUUAAAGUAUCAUUGUGACCCUUGUAAAUACAGUUGUAGAUAUGCGAUAAGAGAAA